AUGAUCAUGAGAACGGUGAGCAAAAAUCCCAGAACUACACAGAGGGACCUGAUGAAUGACCUGCAGAGAGCUGGGACCAAAGACUCAUGUUGGAUAGAAAAUCACUCUGACUGUGUUUCUUCCUCCAGGGUGGACCAUGGUGGAGAGCAGAGGUUAAAACCUGGUCUGAGGAAGUAUCUCUGUGAACUCACACUGGACACAAACACAGUAAACAGAAACCUCAAACUGUCUGACAACAACAGGAAGGUGACACAUGUGUGGGAGAAGCAGCCAUAUCCUGAUCAUCCAGAGAGAUUUGACUUCUGGCCUCAGCUGCUGUGUAGAAAUGGUCUGACUGGUCGCUGUUACUGGGAGGUCGAGUGGAGAGGAGGAGUUGAGAUAUCAGUGAGUUACAGAGGAAUCAGCAGGAGAGGAGACAGUAGAGACUGUGGGUUUGGAUGGAAUGAUCAGUCCUGGAGUCUGUUCUGCUCUGAUGGUCGUUACUCUGUCUGGCACAAUAACAGAGAAACGGUCCUCCCUCUCUGCUCCUCCUCCUCCUCCUCCUCCUCCUCCUCCUCCUCCUCCUCCUCCUCCUCUAACAGAGCAGCAGUGUAUGUGGACUGUCCUGCUGGCUCUCUGUCCUUCUACAGAGUCUCCUCUGACACACUGAUCCACCUCCACACCUUCAACACCACAUUCACUGAACCUCUUUAUCCUGGUUUGGGGUUCUGGUUCUAUGGUUCCUCAGUGUCUCUGUGUUCUGUGUAGGAGGGAGACAACUUCCAGUCCUGUGGUUUAAAUGUUGGUGGUGGACGAGGCUUCACUUUGGUUAACAUCUGGCUCACUGAUUGUGCCUUUAAUGUCAGAAAUGUCUUUUCUUAGAAAUGGUGAAAUGAUCUCAGGGCUGAACUUGUUGUGUACAAAGUGUGUUGACUCUGAUUUUCACUUUAAUAAAGUUUUCUUGGAGCAGCAUCUAGUAGCUGCUGAUGGCUGCAGAGCUUCUCAUUUAUUUCAAUAAAGGUUUGAAAACAAAAA